AAUCAAAACAGAGCACUCAGGCCCGGUCGCGUGUUUUGUUAUUCAAUUUCACGAUUCGUAAUUUUUAUCAAUAAAAAAGGUGAAACAGUGUCCCAAAAAUGUCCAAAAUUAAGCACACAACGGAAAAGGCACUCCAGAUGCUUCGGACCCUGCCCCGGGUCUCCAUCGGCAACAUCAGGGACAAUCCAAACUCGAAGCAACCGCAAAAGCGUGGCCGCGCUCAACACGGCGGUGACAAACACGGUGCAGGAAACAAGGGUUCCGGCCAGCGUCAAAACUACAUGCGACUGGGUUACGAAACGGGAAACACUCCGUUUUAUCUGCGCUUCGGUUACGAACCGUACUACAAGGGCCACCACCUGAAGCGGGAAUAUCCACCGAUCAGUUUGCACCAGCUGCAGAAGCUGAUCGACACGAACCGGAUCGACGCGAGCGGGCCGAUUGAUUUGACCACGAUCUGCAACACGGGCCUGUUCCAGAUUCGGCCGGACCAGCUGCAUUACGGCGUCCAGCUGACGGACGAGGGUGCGGACGAGUUCCGGGCGAAGCUCAACAUCGAGGUCCAGCACGCGCCCGAACUGGUCAUUGCGGCCGUCGAGCGCAACGGAGGCGUCAUCCGGACUGCCUAUUAUGACCCGCACAGUCUGUUUGCGGUGGUGAAUCCCCGCAAGUGGUUCGAAAAGGGCGUUCCGAUUCCGAGGAGGAUGUUGCCACCGCAAGACGCGAUCGAUUACUAUACGGACGCGAAGAAUCGGGGCUAUUUGGCGGAUCCGGAGGAGAUUAGCAAGGAGAGGUUGGUGCUGGCGCAAAAGUAUGGCUACGAGUUGCCUAAGAUUGAGGACGAUCCGCAGUACGAGAUGUUGACGCAGUGCAAGGACCCGCGGCAGAUUUUCCACGGGUUGAACCCGGGCUGGGUGGUGAGUUUGAAGGAUCGGGCCAUCGUGAAGGCGAAGGGAGGCGAGUGAAGUUGAAUGUUAGGGCGUUUGAAAAUGAGUUGGAAUAGAUGGAUUUAAACUGAA